UUCAACUAAACAAGGCCUAAAUUACUGUCUGUAGGCCUAAUAUAGACAAUGAGGGAUUCACAGCAACUGCUCCAUGAGGUAUCUGACUAAAAAGCCAGAUUUGUACCUGGGAGUCAUAAAGUAUUUAGAUUUAUAUUUUGAUAUAUUUGUGUUUCUGGAUUCUAAAGUCCUGUAUAACUAUAGCUUUUUCAUAAAGGCAUGUUUUUGCAGUUUUUGGUCAAGUACAUAGAAGGACUUGGAUUUUUUUCUUCCUUGAUACCCUUAUAAUAGAUAUUUUUAUAUUACAAAAACUGUGGAAUUUCUUAAAGGAAGCAGCUUUUCACAAGUCAACAUGAUGCUGAAGUUGCAGAUCAGUUUGGCAUGCUUAUACCUGCUCUGCUGCCUCUGCUUGACUGAGUCCCGGCAGCUGAAGUUUGUUGUUGCUGUGUUUCGACAUGGCGAUCGAUCGCCUAUUGAGUCAUACCCCAGGGAUCCACAUGGGGAGGAAGUGUGGGCUCAGGGCUUUGGCCAGCUUACUGAGCUGGGCAUGAAACAGCAGUUUGAGCUGGGGAGAUAUCUACGCAGGCGCUAUGGAAACCUUCUCAGUGAGGACUACAACAACAAAGAGUUGUACGUCCGGAGCACUGACUACGACCGCACUCUGAUGAGCGCCCAGGCCUGCCUUGCUGGGAUGUUCCCCCCCACCAGACGCCCGCCUCCCAUCAUGCCCCAGUUACUGUGGCGGCCAAUUCCAGUGCACACCGUUCCCAGGGCGCAGGAUAAGCUGUUGAAGUCUCCAGGCAAAGACUGCCCUCGGUUCAGAGCUUUGAUGACGGAGACCUUUGAGAGCGCUCCCUAUCAGAGGUUCCUCCGUACUCACCAGAACUUUGUGGAACGGCUUUCCAACCACACUGGCUACCCCGUACCCAGACUGGUUGGAAAAAAAAUCUGGAGGGUUUACGACACCCUCACCUGUCAGAGGAUCCAUAACUUGACUCUCCCUCGUUGGGCCACCAAUGACGUCCUGGAUACCCUGAAGAGGAUAGCAUCCUUUGAGGUCACGUACAGCAUUCUCAGUCACAGGCGGAAAGAGAAGGCCAGGCUCUCAGGAGGGGUGUUGCUAAACGCCAUCCUGAGGAAUUUCUCCAGUGCUUUGGAGCAAGGCAACAAGCUCAAAUUCAUCAUGUACUCAGCUCAUGACUCCACACUCAUCACCCUCCAGGCAGCUCUGGACAUCUACAACGGGCUCCUUCCUCCCUACGCUGCCUGUCAACUCUUUGAGUUCUACCAGGAGUAUGAUGGAUCCUAUUCAGUGGAGCUACAUUACCGUAAUGAAUCCUCAUCCGACCCCUACCCCAACACCGUGCCUGGAUGCAAUGGAUUGAACCCCUGCCCUUUGUCCACCUUCACGGAACUGGUGCGGGACGUGAUGCCGGACGAAUGGGAGGUCGAAUGUGGCAUGAGGAGAAGGUGGUCAAGCACAGGUACCAUUACCACUCUUGCAGUAGCAGUGGGUCUCCUGGCUGUGGCGCUGUUGUUCACUAUAGGGGUGGCAGUCCACAGGCGGAGAGCAUCCUACUCCAGGGAUGUGUAGGAAACAGAACCACCAAAUUCGUGCCAAAAAUAAAACAAUGCUCUCAAACUGUGAUUUCUGCUCUGAUAACUUUGAAUUUGUCAAACUGCAAUUUUAAAAGCUUGUUUUUCUCUCAAUCUUGUUUCUGAAUCUUAGUGUGACUGCACAAUAUAUCAGAGAAAUUUUAACAGAAAUAAAAUGUGAUGGUAGAUGAAACACCUGUGCUGCAGAUCAUCGAAAAACUUUAUUUUAAUCUCUCGGAAUAACUUGUAUCAUUCACUGUGACAUCCACUCUUCGUUUGCAGUUUGGUUGACAUCAUUUGACAUUUUCUGUUCUUUGGCUCUUCAUUUUUUGUCUGGAUCUAUGGCAACUGUGGAGCGGAAAGACAGAGAUUAGGGUCAAAUGUAAAUGUUAUCAUGUACAGUAGAUUAUCUAGGCAAGACUCAUAAAAAUGUUUUACCUUAUGUUGGAAAAAUAUCUUUUUUUAUGUUAAUUAGAACUAAAUUAAACUAUAUUUAUUUGUUUUUAUUCAUGUAUGUUUUAUAUUAGAAGUGUGACAGAACAUUUAAUUAACACUUCUGUAUGUAGCUUGGUUUUUCAGGUUAUGGUUCUCUGUAAACACAGUAAAACAAUUAUGCAAACGCCAGGUAAAUCAUGCAAUAGUUUUGUGUCAACUCCUAAUUUGAUUUCAAAAUAUGAUGUAGAAAAAAACUUUCAUUUAGAUAAAUAUGUGUGUGAUGGCCUUAUUUGCAUGCAAAA